CAGGAAGUACUCACUUAGAGAGCUACAGGCGACGGAUAAAUGUUUCGUCUCUGGCAGGGCGCUAAAACUCGGUGUAAUCUGGUAUUUUUGUCCAAUAGAAACAUAUCGAUAAUGUCCAAUGAGUGUGGUGCGGCGGACGGCAGCAACAACAGGUCGAUUCACUCGGACACCGUGGAGGAGGUUCAUAACGUCCCAAUGCAAGUCAUCAUUAGACCGUUUCCUCCGGUGCUGGAUGAGCAGAAAGUUCAGAGUCUGAUGGACACAAUCAAGGAGACAACAGACAUCAGCGUUGUUCCUCCGAUUGAUGUGCUCUGGAUCAAAGGAAGAGAGGGGGGAAAUUACUUCUACUCGUUCGGAGGCUGUCACAGGUUUGCUGCCUAUCAGAGGUUGAAUAUGCCAACUAUUCCAGCCAAGAUCAUCAGAUCAAACAUCACAGACCUUACCACUUAUUUGGGGUCUUCCACGCCUGAUCUGCGGUGAUGCUGAAGCAGCUUGGAGGGUUUUUGUUGUUGUUGUUAUUGUUGUUUUAAAGAACCUUGACUCAGGUAGAUCACACAUACAGGUGUGACUCUUGUGUUACAGCUGAUGACUGCACAGCAAAGGGUGUACCAGCAGGGGGAAAUGUAGCUCUUUUGUUAAAGAUCAUCAUUUAUAAUUUGAGAUGACCUAAAUAUAAAUAUGUAAUUGUGAUUUGUUAGUUGUACAUUUUUAUCAGAUAGAUAUCUGUCAUCUAAUAGCUUUUAUCUUCAAAUACCUGCUAUAAUUGCACAUAAAAAGUAAUUUCAAUGAUUGUUUUCUGACAGUUAUUCUCAUGCACAUUCAACAAUAGAACAAUAAAGGGGUAUUUAUUUAUACAUGUCAUAUAAAUUCGUGAUCCUGCAGCAAAGAUGGAUUCAGAUGUUCAGGCCUUUUACAGCAGAUAUCUUGACUGGUCAAAGUAUGAAAAGCACUCACAAAAACACCAACAAUGUCUGCUCUGUUCAAGAGUCCUAGUGAGCGUGCACAUUAAGAGGAGUGUGAAACUGUAGCAGAUAAAUGGAAUUCAGCAACCUUUAGUUUCACUGUUUACACAUGUGCUUUUCCUACUGUGUCACUUGAAAAAGACACCAGUGGCUCUCCUUCAAGUCCACCUUUUGAGUUCCUCCUACUGAGCACUGAGGAAGAUUUAAAUACACGUCUUUCGCUGAAGCUAUUUUCGUCUCAAAUUAUAUCAGAAGGUCCCUGUAGUCAGUCUUUUUUUGUGGAACCAGUUUUAAUUUUAGAAUUCAAAGGACACAGACCUGCUUUAUGUUGCAGCAGCAGAGUAUGAGGAGGAAAUGAAUUUGUCCUGCGGGACAUGUCUUUUCAGUAAGAAUAGUAAUAGCAGUAAUGAUUUUCUUCUCUUUUUUUUUUUUCAUCAGAACUUCUCAAUUGUGGUGUCACACAGUCCCAAACUUUUUAGUCAUACUCAGCCACUUUGCUCCAUGCACAGUCAAAUUUAAUUGAGAUGUUCGAGACAGCACGAGACAACAAGGAAUAAGAAAGAGCCUAUAGAGCAGAUGGUUCGUCAAAGGAGUCAGGUGCUGUGAGAACAUCAGGCUGACAAAAUGCAGGAUGUUAUUGAGUCUUUCUGACUCUGCCUGUCAUCAGUCUUUCCCUCACAUCGUCUCUGAAAAGGACUGCAACCUUACCGACAGUGUUUGACAAAGAAACGGGAGAAACUGGUAACAAGGUGUUACCACGGAGUAAAAAUCUUUAAGUAAAUAACACAAAUAAUCCUCAAUAAAUGUUUUAGAUAAUGGCCUGUUUGUGGUUGUUGCUGACCUUGAGACUGGCCCUGUUUACUAAAUCAAGUCAGACAGCAGUUCCCAUGCCUCUGCCUUGGAGGAAGGAACUGUAGUUUACAGAAUAAUAUAGGUAAUCUAUACAUCAAGACGAGGCCUUUCCGACAUCAGCACUCUCACAAUGCGAGCGCAGAGCUGCUUGACAGUCUCCCUUUGUGGCCAUUGAGGAAAUGAAAGGAGACUUAGGGCAGCUUUUACCGACCGGCCCUAAAGGACUCUAAAUUUCUCCUCUGAAUCGUCGCGUGUGAGAAGAUUUCCUGUAGCUCGCUCACUGUCUGGAAGUAACCAUAUCCUCAAAGGGGUUUUGACACGCAAUACUGGUAUGAAAAAAUACAGUGCACCUGUUGCUUCGGGGAGCGGUUUCCAUGGGUGGUUCUGCACGCUUUAUCUCCGAGGAUUUAAGCAGAUCAAGGGGAUUUGGGGGAGCUAAGAAGAGGAACUGUUGAGACCAUUUUCACAAAUGGAUUGAUUUUUUUUAUUUAUUUUUUACUUUUUCAUUUAUUUAUUAUUUUGUGGUCAAGGAUGUAAUUUGUUCACAUCUUGGUCAGUUCAUGUCAUUUGUGGUGAUACAGGUGUUGCUCCAGACAACAUGGAGGCAGCUUGUAACUUUGCAAGUAUAAUGUCAAUGUGUAGACCCCCAUGCACACCAGUUUUUGUGUUUCUAUGUCCAUGGCAGCAUUUUGAUAUGUCAAAAUAGCAAAAAAAUGAAACCUUGGCUUGCCAUACUUCCCACACAUCAAAUUCAAUUGGUGUCAAACAUUGGUAAAAUGUUGACCAAAGAAUAUUUAUUGUAGUAGAUAUGGACACAUAUAUGUACCCUCCAAGGAACUUUCUGGGGAACCAAUACCACCCUUGUUGAAAAAUGUUGUACUUGUUUUCCCCCAUUUUCAAGGUCUAAAAAUUCAAAUUCUGCCUCUGCUGGAGCCAUUCAAUCAUUUUGACCUGCUGGAAACUAUUUUGUCUGUGUCCUUGCUUGAUUUCAUGGCUGAGGGAGUUUCUGGAGAUAAUAAAGCCUUCAAAUGGUUUCCCAGAUGAUGUGUUGUUUUUUGUUUUUUUUUUUUGUUUUUUUUUUCAAUUCUCUAAAUAUUAUAAGCUUUAAAAUUUUUGCUGAACUCCCUGGACUUGAUCUUGGUUUGCUGUUUAGUGACUUGAUCACCUCUACAUACAAAGUCAGUGAAUACUAUUUGUGACUGAGGAAGUGUCUUAUUAAUUAAAUUUUUGUGUGACAGUUAUCAGUGACGCGUUAAGGGAACACAGCAGUGCACUGGAGCCACACACUGCUCAUACUGUUUCUUUUACCAUGUGUUGUUGUUACUCAGUAAUGAAUCAAAGAAAUGGACUCAUGGUGUCAAUUUCACGUUUGCAAAUCUUUCAUUAAAUUUGGUGAUCCAUUUAUUUGUCCUGAUUUCCACUCUUCUGUAUAGUUUUUCCUCUGAAAUAUCAACAGAACAAAGACAUUACCAGAAUAAA